CGCCCCGCGCCGCCGCCGCCGCCGCCGCCGCCGCCUGCGCCUCGCCCUGUCCAGGUUCCCCGCCUCAGGUCCCGCUGCACCUCUUCGUUGAUCCUCGCCCGCUGUCGCCGCCGCCGAAAUGUCAACAGGUGCGCCUGCAGGUUCCAGCGCUGCCUCUGGCAGCAACAGAAGACUUCAGCAGACACAAAAUCAAGUGGACGAGGUGGUGGAUAUCAUGAGAGUCAACGUGGAUAAGGUGCUGGAACGGGACCAGAAGCUCUCUGAGCUGGAUGACCGAGCAGACGCGCUGCAGGCGGGAGCCUCCCAGUUUGAAACAAGUGCUGCCAAGUUGAAGAGAAAAUAUUGGUGGAAGAACUGCAAGAUGUGGGCCAUCGGCAUCAGCGUCGUAGUCAUCAUUGUCAUCAUCAUCGUCGUCUGGAGUGUUUCUUCCUGAAGAACCAGCGAACCUCCAGCCUGCUGUUCAACAGACCUCCUCAAGACUUUUGACGUCGACCCUGCUCUCGUAUCAAGCUUACCUACUGUUCUAUCUAAAAUGAUUAGUUCCUGUUUGUUACUGUAAAGUUUGUUUUCUAGGAAAUGUGCCUUUGUUUUGUAAUCUGCACUCCAAACUCGAAGAGUGGUCCGCCCGGCCCCCGUUUUGCCCGGUGCCUGUUCAGAUCACCUGGGGCUGAGGAAGCAGGCGUCUUAGGUUCCAGAGCUGUGACGCCCAAAGAAAUGUCGUCUGGUGAGCGGCCGUUGACCCGUUAGGGAAAUCUGUUCCCAGCUCACUGCCGUCCUGUGCCAUCAGCCCCUGUCUACGCCUCCGGGUCAUCGGAUUCCCCAGAGUGCCUUCCAGAAAGAACACUACUGCCUGACACACAUCUGUGAUAAUAACAGGCCGUGCCUUAUUUUGCUCUUUUUCUGAUUCCCUGUCAAAGAACCCGCCACUGUUUAUAAACACUACUGACUCUUGCUGUAUUUAAAAUAAGAUGCUGGCGAAGCGUUUUUGCUCUUACAUGGGGUAUGAAGCUAUUUACUUUCUCAUUACUGUUAUGUAUCCCUUGCUAAAAAUAUUGUUUUAACGGAGAAAUAAUAACCUCUCUAAAGCAUUUUUAUAGACCUGUGGCUGUGACCAAAGUUUCUCUUUUGCCAAAAAGUUGAAUCCCAGUCAAAUGUCACGUCUGUCCCUGACAGUUAAAAUCAGAAAGGGACCCAGGGGACUGACAGUGCCCCUCAGAAUUAUAAUUGUAACAUUGCGUUGGAAGCUCUGGCUCCUGGCAGGCCUUUCGUGCCCAAGAAAGGCUGUAGGUCAUGCACUCCCUUUCCCAGUUCCCAUUUUUCCUGGAGGUUAGAGCGAGCCUCUCACUCUCUCAGACCUGCAGACAGAGUUUCACCAGCCAUUUGAACGCUGCCAACUCCACUGCGUUGCUGAUACUUCCAUGAGCAGCGACUUUGUGGCCUUCAAGGGAGGCCGUCUGGGUCAUUUUCUGGCCCAGUCCCCAGAGAGUAUAGCUUUUCCGAGUUUGUUUCCUAUUUUUAUCCAUAGUCCCCCUCCUAAACCUGUCUUCUCAGCUCUGCUGCCAUUCAGGCAUUGCUCAGACAGGUGGCUCCCAUCACAGAGGCCGCCCAGCCAGAGACCUUUCUUUUUGGAUGUCACAGACCGUCUGCAUAAAAGGCUGCUGUGGGGACAGCUGAAUCCGAGAGACUUGUUGUGCAUGUGAGCCUUGCAGCAUCAGGGUGUGUGGCUUAAGGAUGGGAACUCAGGGAGGAAUGAGACCAGGCUGAGAGGCACGGAGGGAGAAAGCAGUUUUAGCACUCUGGCUCACGGUUACUGGAAUGUUCUAAAAUUCGUGUUCACACACUAGCUUGUGACUCACCAGGCGACAGCAGUUACGGGGCCCCAGGACCCAGGUUCCGUUGCCCUCAUUUCUGCUCCCCGACAUCAGUGACAUGACGUGACGUUGAGGACACGCCUGGCGAUGCGCCUAGCUGGGCGAGGGGAGCGGCCGUCGGGGUCGGAUGAUGGCCGGCCCUCGGCUCCGGCCUCCAGCGGGGUCGGACUCUGAAACCUUGGUGCUCUCUGCUUGGUCUUGAUGCUCAGUCCCAAGAAACCCUCUGGCGCCUUCAUUAACCCGGGAAUACGCUGCUUAUAUCUGUGCCUUUAGCUGGGACCGUGCCCACGGCAAUGAACUGAAUAAAGUGUUUCUAAGUGUA